GGCGUUUGUUUCUUGUGAAAGAACCCCGAAACAUGGAACUACGGAAGGGAGACCUUUUAUACGGAGGGUGAAGAGUCGAAGAAGACUUGUGGGAGACGUUUCAGGGUCUAAGGUAUUCAAGUUUUAGCUUUCAUCUGAGAAAUUUCUUUCGGUUGGGGUAUCGCACUCUCAUCUCCAUUGUCAGGGAUUUAACAUUAGAAGAAAAGGAAGAUACUGCAUCAUUUCCCGUUGAUAGAGCGAUCAGUAAACCUGAAGGCAGAUUCUAUACAUAUUGAUUAGUUAGUGGAAGCAAUGCCGUCACAAAAGAUUGAAACGGGUCAUCAAGACACUGUUCAUGAUGUUGUCAUGGAUUACUAUGGCAAGCGUAUUGCCACUGCAUCUUCUGACUGUACCAUCAAGAUAGUUGGGGUUAGCAGCUCCUCUGCUUCGCAGCAUCUUACCACCCUCACUGGUCAUCAAGGCCCCGUUUGGCAGGUUUCAUGGGCCCAUCCCAAGUUUGGUUCUAUCCUUGCUUCUUGUUCUUAUGAUGGAAGAGUGAUAAUAUGGAAGGAAGGUAACCAGAAUGAGUGGACUCAAGCCUAUGUUUUUGAUGACCACAAGGUAUCUGUCAACUCAAUUGCUUGGGCUCCUCAUGAAUUAGGCCUGUGCUUGGCUUGUGGAUCAUCUGAUGGGAACAUCUCAGUGUUUACUGCCAGGACUGAUGGGGGUUGGGACACCACAAGGAUCGACCAAGCUCACCCCGUGGGUGUCACUUCAGUUUCAUGGGCUCCAGCUAUGGCUCCUGGGGCUCUUGUUACAUCCGGCCAGUUUAAUCCCGUUCAGAAGCUUGUCUCUGGUGGCUGUGAUAAUACUGUGAAGGUGUGGAAGCUAUACAAUGGGAAUUGGAAGAUGGAUUGCUUCCCAGUCCUUAACAUGCAUACUGACUGGGUAAGGGAUGUGGCUUGGGCACCCAACUUGGGGCUUCCCAAGUCUACUAUUGCUAGUGCUUCACAGGACGGGACUGUUAUUGUAUGGACUGUGGCCAAGGAAGGGAGUCAAUGGGAGGGUAAGGUUUUGAAUGAUUUUAAGACCCCAGUUUGGAGUGUCUCAUGGUCACUGACUGGUAACAUAUUGGCUGUGGCUGAUGGGAACAACAAUGUAACAUUGUGGAAAGAAGCUGUGGAUGGUGAGUGGCAACAAGUAACAACGGUUGAGCCAUAGAUUUAGGUUCUUCAUUUCUUCCAUUGAUGCUGCUACUAUAUCAUGUUUUUGGUUCCUUUUAUUUCAAUCUGCAGUAGAACUUUUCUCAUUUCUCCCUUUCUUUGUGUUUU